CGCUGAUCCCGCCCUGCGCGCUGACGGACCGGCCUCUCUAGUCCUGUCCAAUAGGAGCGAAGGGGCUGUGCGGGAUUCCGAUUAGUCACCGACACAACCAAUAGCGUGGCUCGGUACUGGGUCGGUGAGAGGUGAUCGUCAGGAGGAAGCAUGCUGCGCCGUGAAGCUAGGCUGCGGAGGGAGUAUCUCUACCGUAAAGCGCAGGAGGAUAAGCUGCACAGCAUUGAGGAGAAGAAACAGAAACUAAAACACGCCCUUGAAGAGAACCGGCUGAUCCCCACAGAUCUGCGACGGGAGGCGCUGGAUCUGCAGAAGGUCCUAGAGUACGAUGACGAGGGGGGCGAAGGAGUGAGCAGUCAGAUAGAUGACGAAUACAAGUGGGCCGGAGUGGAAGAUCCAAAGGUCAUGGUCACGACAUCCCGGGAUCCCAGCUCCAAGCUCAAGCAGUUUGCCAAGGAAGUUAAGCUGAUUUUCCCAAACGCCCAGCGCAUGAACCGAGGGAAGCAUGACAUUGACGCGCUCAUGAGAGCAUGCAAGGCCAGUGGAGUGACCGACCUGAUCAUUGUGCAUGAACACCGAGGAGUACCAGACGGCCUUAUCGUGUGCCACUUGCCAUUCGGCCCCACCGCGUACUUCACCCUCUCCAAUGUGGUGAUGCGCCAUGACAUCCCAAAGAUCGGCACCAUGUCCGAAGCCUACCCUCAUCUCAUCUUCCACAGCCUGAACUCGAAGCUCGGCCUGAGGGUAACCAGUAUCCUGAAGUAUUUAUUCCCGGUCCCUAAAGGAGAAAGCAAAAGAGUAAUCACAUUCGCCAACCAGGAUGACUUCAUCUCUUUCAGGCAUCACGUCUACAGGAAGGUGGAUCACAAAAACAUCGAGCUGACGGAAGUGGGCCCCAGGUUCGAAAUGAAACUGUAUCAGAUUAAGCUGGGAACGCUGGAAAACGAGCAGGUCUCCGACACAGAAUGGCGUUGGCACCCGUACACCAACACCGCCAAGAAGAGGAGGUACCUGAGCAUAGAGUCGGGCGAGGCUUCCCGUCCAGUGAGUUAGCACACACAGAGAGAGAGAGAGAAACGCAGUCACUGCCUUGGGGAUUUGAUUGAACUUGCAAAACCGCGACAGCUCUGCCUGAAUAAACCAGCCGGCCGGGCAGGGGCGUAGGGAAUUGCCAUGCAUCCGGAACCGCAUCUGGCCGUAGAAUUUGAACAGAUCGAAAAUCUAACAGCAGGCUCCCAUUUUGUAACUCGUCGCUGUCAUUUUUCGUGCCCGCCUCUGUUGUUUGACAGAGCAGUUGAGUUCAGGCAGCAUCUUCUUGGCUCCCUGCGCUCUGUCUCUCUCCCCAACCACCCUCCCCGCCCACGGAGUCUCGCUGGCCUGCUACACCUGACAUCUGGUGCCUCAGCCCCAAGCUGCCCUUGAACCCAGCGAGUGCUUGCUUGGCCUUCCUGACAGAGUCCCGGCUGCCGUUGUCUCCUGGGGAGUGAUCGGGAACCUUUUCGGCCAGACUCUGAACGCAACUACUGGGCUGACGACGGGGCAGAAAGGGGCUGCAACGAGGGGGAAACCGGCCUUCAACUGUCGUGGCUCCUGGGACUGGGGAGCUGGCUGUGAGCAUUUCCACUUGAGUUUUAACUGAGGUGGCAGCAGCGGUGCUGGAGAAACUGAGCAGGUCUGGCUGUGUCGCUGGCAAGAGAAACCGGGUUAACGUUUGCCGUCCAGUGCAGCAACUCUUCGGAAUGUCUUCAAGGUGAAUGUAACCCGGAAGAGAAGGCGGUAGUUGAAUUAAGAUCUCUGAUCAAAGCCAAAUAGCAUGGGGCAUUGGAUCGGAAACAAACGUGCAGUGCUGGAGCAGCUCGUCGGUUUCUCUGUCCCCCAGUCCUGAGUUUCUGUGGCAUUUUAUGUCUUUGUUGGAUUUUAUUUGUCUGUUGGCAGCCUUGUGUUUACUAUUGUGUGUUCGGUGGUAAAAUGGUACAUUAGACCUUCCCGUGUCUCAGAAUUAAACGUUCUCUUGGA